AUGUCGCGCCUGAAGUGCCUGAAGAGUGUCGUAUUCAGUGGAAGCUCUGGAAAGGUCUCAAAGCCUUGGAACAUUUCAGCGGCAUGGUUCAGGGCAGCUGCUGGUGGAUCCUCGAGAGCGAGUCAACGCUAUACUCCCACGAGCACUUCCGCAACUUCAGCACCAGUGGCUAGUCCUCAAACAGCUGGCGGAGUCAACAGCAAUCUUUCGGCGCCUGGUAGUGCUAGUUCACCACUGCAAGUUCUCGGUCAGCCAGCCACUGUUCCGUCGAAAACUGUCCCAGGCCCAUCACUGCGCGUCCUCUUCGGUGUGCAAGGCUCGCGGUGGUCUCUGGAAGUCGAGCAGAUCAGCGUCACAGCUCUACUCAACGACCCUGCGUUCUUCCGUGAGCUCAAAACACGAUACAAGAAGCAUCGAAGCUGGAUCAAAAGACUGAUAUCACCAUUUCGCUUCCGAUUCUGCAGAUUUGUUAAGCUAGAGAAGUUCGACGCCGGACGCGUCCUAUCCCAAGGCGACGACCUGCCCGACUACCCUGGCGUCAAAGACGACUACGAGUACACUCCAAGACCAGGCACGAUUCCCAUGAUAUCCCCCAAAACAUUUGCAGUCUGCCUCAAAGCCUGCGACAUGAACUGCAAAUGGCCAUGGCUCAACCCAUGGCACGAUUGCGUGAGUCUACCAUGCCGCUCAUACAGACUAGGCUGCAUUCCCAAGAAGAAAAGCGAGUUUGAUAUACAAUCCAACGACGCCAUCGCUGUAGCUUGGGGACUGGAGGCCGAUCACGCCAUCUCCUUCGCUUUCAUGGCAGUCUAUCACCUUGUGCCAUUACUUGCCGCAUUCGUCUUCUGGAUCUAUUGGCUGAUCAAGUUCCCUGGCGAUUGGCAAAACGCUGCAGUACCAGUGCUGACUGUAUUGGCAAUCUUUGCAGUAUUGUGGGUGCCUUUUGGCAAACAUCUUGGAAUAGUCUAG